AUGGACAGUAUUGGCAUCCUACAGCUCCAAGGGGUUCACAAAAAGCUGAAGAAGAAGCUGAACAAUAACUACUACUACUGUUACCUCUGUGAGCAGUGCAGGGAUGGAAGGACCUACUCAAACGCAGUCAUUUCCCCAAACCUGGAAAGCAUCAGAAUUCUGCGGGUGCCUCAAGCCAGUUCCAUGGCCGCCUGCACCGUCGCCUGCUGUGACUUCCCCAGCUGUGACCUGGCUUGGUGGUUUGAGCACCGGUGCUAUGUUGUGAACUGCCAGCACCAGGACAGCUGUGAGCCCAAGACCAUAGACCCCGUCCAGUCCUACCUCACUUUUGUGCUGCGGCCAGCCCGGAGGCCACCCUCCCUGCUAGGAUAUGCACAGAGGAUGCCAAGCAGGCUUCGUCCGUCCGAGGAAGCCAGCAGGCCUAGAGAUUUACCCUUCUUGGGGAAGGGCCAUGGCUUAGAGGAGCUGCCCGAGUACGGGGAUGAUUACAGGGAGACGGAGCAGGACUCCUUCCAGGCCAGCGGCAAGCAGGUGCCAAAGGGUGCUGCUGAAUACACAGACUGGGGUCUGCUGCCAAGUGCCGAAGGACCUUUCAAUUCCUCGGGGGGAAAUGGCCGUUCUCUGGAAGAGGAAGGAAAUGGAAAUGCCAGGUUAGAUUACCCAGCGAGGGGGAAUGAGUCAGAGUGGGCCACUGUCCUGGAUCAUUUUCCUGAGGGGAGAUUGUCACCAUCCUUGGAGAACAUCCCGCUGCCUGGAAAGAUGCGUGAAAAGGAGGAAGCCUUUCCUGGGCAGACUGGCAACAGCUCUGGAGAAGAGGUUCUAAUGCCUUCCCAUAAUCCUCCUUCAGCCAACCUGGAGUUCAGUCCAACCAGCAUGGAGAAAAGCCCCAAUCUAACAGUAACCCAGCGGAGCUCAGAUCGUGACACUGAAGUAUUUCCCACUGACAUUGGCCCCUCUCAGUCCAUCCUAACUGAGCAACCCACACCUCCUCCCACUGCUCCAAAGACAGUCCAAGAGCUCCUGGUAUAUGCUGGAGACAACUUACUGAUCACUUUACCCCAAAAUGACGUUGAACUGAAAGCCUUUGUUGUACCAGCAUCCUCUUCAGAAACAAAUUACAACUAUGAGUGGAGUUUGAUAAAUCACCCUGUGGACUAUCAAGGUGAAAUUGAACAAAAAUACAUGCAGACACUCAACCUUUCUCAGUUGUCCGUAGGCUUCUAUUCCUUCAAAGUGACUGUUUCUGGUGAAAAUGCUUUUGGAGAAGGAUUUGUAAAUGUCACUGUUAAGCCAGCAAUGAGAAUCAAUCAGUCUCCUGUAGCAGUAGCUUCUCCUCAAGUACAAGAGCUCACCUUGCCUGCCACCUCAGCCUUCAUUGAUGGCAGUCAAAGCACAGAUGAUACUAAAAUCGUGAGCUACCACUGGGAAGAAAUUCAAGGCCCCCUAAGAGAGCAGAAGACAUCAACUGAUUCCCCAGUCUUGCAUUUAUCUGAUCUUAUUCCUGGGAAUUAUACUUUCAGGUUAACAGUAAUAGAUUCCGAUGGAGCUGCAAACUCCACCACUGCAUUUCUAAUAGUCAAUGGGCCUAUAGACUAUCCACCCUUUGCCAAUGCAGGACCAAAUCAGGUGAUAACUUUACCGAAGAACUUCAUUACCCUCAAUGGAAACCGGAGCAGUGAUGACCACCAAAUUGUCAGCUAUGAGUGGGCUUUGAGCCAGCGUAGUAAAAGCAAAGAAGUAGUCAUGCAGGGAGAGAAGACGCCAUACCUUCAGUUGUCUUCUAUGAAAGAAGGAGAUUAUAUAUUUCAGCUGACGAUCACAGAUUCAUUAAGUCAGCAAUCCACUACUGAGGUCAAUGUGAAGGUCCAGCCUGAAAACAGUCCCCCUAUUGCUGUGAUUGGUCCAGACAAAGAGCUGAUAUUUCCUGUGGAAAGCAUGGUCCUCGAUGGAAGCAGAAGCACUGAUGAUCAGGGCAUCAUUUUUUAUCACUGGGAAAAUAUCAGUGGCCCAAGUGCUGUGGUGAUUGAAAACAUUGAUCAACCUGUAGCCACAGUUACCGGACUGCAGGUCGGCACCUACCACUUCCGACUGACAGUGAAAGACAGCCAGGGCUUGAGCAGCAUGGCCACCCUCUCAGUGGCUGUCAGAGAGGAAAACAACAUUCCUCCUCGAGCUUGGGCUGGUGGCAAACAUAUUCUUGUGCUUCCCAAUAACACCAUUACUUUGGAUGGUUCAAGGUCUACUGAUGACCGAGGAAUCGUGUCUUAUCUGUGGAUCCGGGACAGUCAAAGUCCAGCAGCUGGAGAUAUAAUCUACGACUCUGACCACAGUGCAUCUCUGCAGCUCAUUAAUCUGGUGGAAGGAAUCUAUAUUUUCCACUUGAAAGUCACAGACCUCCAAGGAGACUCUGACAUUGAUACUGCUACAGUGGAAGUACGGCCUGACCCUAAAAAGGGAGGCUUGGUAGAGCUGAUAUUGCAGGUGGAAGUUGGGCAACUGACCGAGCAGCAGAAGGACAUGCUUGUGAGGCAGCUGGCAGCGCUACUGAAUGUACUAGACUCUGAUAUCAAGAUACAGAGGAUCCAGGCUCAUUCUGAUAUCAGCACCGUGAUCACAUUCUAUAUGCAGGGCGGCCAGCCUCCCCGAGUCAUCCAGGGUGCUAAGGUGGCCCAGACUUUGCGUGCUCAGCUCUUAAAGGAAAAGGAAGACUUCUUAAUUUUUAAGGUCCUGAGAAUAGACACAGAAGUUUGCCAUUUGGAAUGUUCUGGCCAUGGCCACUGUGAUCCCAUUACGAAGAGCUGCAUCUGCUACCAGUUGUGGAUGGAAAACCUGAUCCAGCGCUAUCUCAGUGAUGGAGAAAGCAACUGUGAAUGGAGUAUUUUCUACGUGACCCUGCUGGCUUUGACUCUGAUCAUAAUAAUGGUGAUUUUCACUUGGCUUUGCAUCUGCUGCUGCAAGAGACAGAAAAGGACUAAAAUAAGAAAAAAAACAAAAUACACCAUCCUGGAUAAUAUUGAUGACCAAGAAAGAGUGGAGCUAAGACCUAAAUUUGGAAUUAAACAUCGAAGCGUAGACCAGAACUCCAGUCUGAUGGUAUCGGAGUCGGAAUUUGAAAGUGAUCAAGAUACGAUCUUUAGCCGAGAGAGUGGAAUGGAGAAUUCAAAGAACUCUGUGUUUGGAUCCAUCAAAAAUGGAAUUACUUUCAGCUAUUGCUCCAAGGACAGAUAG